CUGGAGCCCUUAAGUGGCCUACCGUCCCUCGGCACUGUUGACUUUUUUUUCUUCCAACGGCUGUCCCCUUUCUUUAACCCUCCGAGAAUAAGAAGUGCUUGUUUAGCCUACUUAAUCUUUGAUCAUCGACCGAGGGAGCAUUUCAUGCAGGCAUACAGACAUCUUUCUGAUCACUGAUACAACAUGCAUACCACCCUCCUGCUGGCCAGUCUCGGCCUUGCUACCCUCUCUUCUGCCGGUUGUCCCUUUGCAGACCCCGCCAAUAUCAAAGCUCGAGCCGAAGAUGGCUCUCGCGGCCAUGUCUCCGGCUACGAGAUCGACGACUCUACGGGCGAUCCAUACCUCACAUCCGACGUUGGCGGCCCAAUCGAGGACCAAGUCAGCUUGAAGGCCGGCGUCCGUGGCUCGACUCUGUUGGAAGAUUUCAUCUUUCGCCAAAAGAUUACACAUUUCGACCACGAGAGGGUACCCGAACGAGCUGUCCACGCCCGCGGCGCCGGUGCCUACGGAACCUUUACGAGCUAUGGCGACUACAGCAACCUCACGGCCGCUUCCUUCUUGGGCGCGACGGGGAAGCAAACGUCGACGUUUGUGCGGUUCUCUACCGUUGCUGGGUCAAGGGGAAGUGCGGAUACUGCCAGAGAUGGCAACUUUGAUAUUGUGGGAAACAACAUUCCGGUGUUCUUCAUCCAAGACGCGAUUCAGAUCCCGCAAGCUGCGACAGCCCAUGAUUCCGCAUGGGACUUCUUCAGCUCUCAGACGACCACUCUUCACACCUUGUUCUGGGCUAUGGCUGGCUACGGUAUCCCGAGAAGUUACCGACACAUGGAUGGCUUUGGUGUGCACACUUUCCGCGCGGUCACGGACGACGGCAAGUCAAAGCUUAUCAAGUGGCACUGGAAGACACAACAGGGCAAGGCCAGCUUGGUCUGGGAGGAAGCCCAGAUCGUUUCAGGCAAGAAUGCCGACUAUCACCGUCAGGACCUCUGGGAUGCGAUUGAGUCUGGGAACGGACCUGAAUGGGAGCUCUGCGUACAAGUUGUCGACGAAGAGGAUACCCUCAAGUUUGGAUUUGAUCUCUUGGACCCAACAAAGAUCAUCCCUGAGGAGAUUGCGCCCCUCCAAAAGCUCGGCAAGAUGAAGCUGGAUGCCAAUCCGGUCAACUACUUUGCCGAGACCGAACAGAUCAUGUUCCAACCUGGACACAUCGUCAGAGGCAUCGACUUCACAGAAGAUCCUCUUCUGCAGGGCCGUAUCUUUUCGUACCUCGAUACUCAGAUCAACCGCCACGGCGGACCCAACUUUGAACAGUUGCCCAUCAACCGUCCAAUUGGCCCCAUUCACAACAACAAUCGAGAUGGUGCUGGCCAGAACUUCAUCCACCGCAACCGCAACUCCUACACCCCGAACACUCUCAACAAGGGCUUCCCCAAGCAAGCCAACCAGACUCAGGGCAACGGCUUCUUCACCGCGCCUGGUCGCACCAACAAUGGCCACCUGGUCCGCGAAAUCUCCGACAGCUUCUCGGAUCACUGGUCUCAGCCGCGCCUCUUCUACAACUCCCUGACCCCUAUCGAGCAGCAGUUCCUCAUCAACGCCAUCCGCUUUGAAACCAGCCACCUUGAAUCCACCGAGGUCAAGCAGAACGUUCUCACUCAGCUGAACAAAAUCAGCAACGACAUUGCCAACCGUGUCGCCGAUGCACUAGGCAUGGAACAUCUGCAGCCCGAUGCUCAGUACUACCACAACAAGACUACUCAGGGGCUAUCCAUAUUUGGAAACAAGCUGCCCUCGAUCGCGACUCUGAAGGUCGGUGUCCUUGCCAGCCUAUCAGCUAAUGGCUCCGUAAGCCAAGGCAAGGAGUUGAAGGAUGCUUUCGCCGCUGAUGGUGUCUUGGUGACUGUCAUCGCCGAGAAGCUGACUGACGGUGUCGACAUGACGUACGCUCAGGCUGAUGCCACGUCAUUCGACGGUGUCAUUGUGGCCCGCGGUGCUGACGGCCUCUUUAAUGGCAAUAUCAAGCCGUCUCCGUUGUACCCAGCCGGUAGACCUGCACAGCUUGUCAUCGACUCUUACAGGUGGGGAAAGCCGGUGGGCAGCGUUAGUUCGGCUCUCGCCAAGUCGGCAACGCUCGGCGUCAAGGCUGGCGAGGGCGUGUACUCUGCUGCCGAUGACAUGUUUACUCCCACAUCCAGUGGCUCGGAUUCCAGGCCUUUGAGUAAAACGCAGUAA